CGAUUGUGCUGUGCGAGCGAGGCGCAGCUUCGCAAUUACACCGCGGAAAGGAGAGAGGGAGAGAGAGAGAGAGAGAGAGAGGAAAAAAAUGAUUAAUCUGUCAAAGGCGAAUUUGUGUUCGGGAUGAGACCGCUCUGACAUUCAACCGACCGCGACGGAACCUACAAGGAAAAUAUAUUUAAUGCACAGGAGCUGAAGAUCGAGCCGAUGCACCGUCGGAGCAGGUGGUGCUUGUAUAAUCGUCCACGGUCUUGUCGCUUGUCUUUGCUGCCUGAUCUGCGCGUCGUUUCAGCACUGGACAGCGACCGGGACCAUCGGAAACUGAACGCAUCAAGGGAAUCCUGAGGCGGGUCGGUCCGACCCUUGCUUGGCUCGGGGCAAUGCGCGGCUAGAUGACUUCACUACAUCAACAAGCACCGCGGUAUCCUGGACUAAUAUAGCAGCGCCACAUCUUCCCCCCCCUCCCCUCUCUCUCCAUUCGCUGAUCCCGAGUCCCUCCGUCUAAAGGCACCAUGGGAAACCGUGGCAUGGAGGAGCUGAUCCCGCUGGUCAACAAGCUGCAGGAUGCCUUCAGCUCCAUCGGCCAGGCCUGCAACCUGGACCUGCCGCAAAUUGCAGUGGUCGGCGGCCAGAGCGCAGGAAAAAGCUCCGUGUUGGAGAACUUUGUAGGCAGGGACUUCCUGCCCCGUGGAUCUGGCAUCGUCACCCGUAGGCCCCUGGUUCUGCAGCUUAUCAGUGCCACUGCAGAAUGGGGUGAAUUCCUCCACUGCAAAGGGAAGAAGUUUACAGACUUUGAUGAGAUUCGUCAGGAAAUUGAGAGUGAGACGGAUCGUGUCACCGGGGCCAACAAAGGAAUAUCUCCAGUUCCCAUCAACCUGCGGGUUUACUCCCCUCACGUGCUGAACCUGACUCUUAUCGACUUGCCGGGGAUCACUAAGGUGCCGGUUGGAGACCAGCCCGCGGACAUCGAGCAGCAGAUCAGGGACAUGAUCAUGCAGUUCAUCACCAGAGAGAGCUGCUUGAUCCUGGCUGUCACUCCAGCCAACACUGACCUCGCCAACUCUGAUGCCCUUAAACUGGCGAAGGAUGUGGACCCCCAGGGUCUGAGGACUAUUGGAGUGAUUACUAAACUGGAUCUGAUGGAUGAAGGAACAGAUGCUCGAGACGUUCUGGAGAAUAAGCUGCUGCCACUGCGAAGAGGUUAUAUCGGUGUGGUGAACCGCAGUCAGAAGGACAUCGAUGGUAAGAAAGACAUCAAGGCCGCUCUGGAGGCUGAGAGGAAGUUCUUCUUGACCCACCCAGGGUACAGGCACAUGGCCGAAAAAAUGGGCACCCCUCGCCUGCAGAGAGUGCUCAACCAGCAACUGACCAACCACAUCCGGGACACCCUGCCAGGUUUCCGCAGCAAACUGCAGUCCCAGCUGUUGGCUCUGGACAAGGAAGCCGAGGAAUACCGGGGAUACCGACCCGAUGAUCCGUCCCGCAAAACCAAGCAGCUGUUGCAGAUGGUGCAGCAGUUCUCUGUGGACUUUGAGAAGAGGAUUGAAGGUUCAGGAGACCAGGUGGACACGGUGGAGCUGUCUGGUGGAGCGAAAAUCAACCGCAUCUUCCAUGAGCGCUUCCCCUUUGAACUGGUCAAGAUGGAAUGUGAUGAGAAGGAGAUGCGCCGUGAGAUCAGCUAUGCCAUCAAGAACAUCCACGGUAUCAGGACUGGACUUUUUACCCCAGACAUGGCUUUCGAGGCCAUUGUGAAGAAGCAGAUCAUCAAACUGAAGGAGCCCUGUGUGAAGUGUGUGGACAUGGUCAUCCAGGAGCUGAUUAACACUGUGCGCCAGUGCUCUAAUAAGUUGGAAUGCUUCCCCAGGCUGCGGGAGGAGACUGAGAGGAUCGUGACUGCUCAUAUCCGAGACAGAGAAAGCCGGGCCAAGGACCAGGUUCUGCUGUUGAUUGACGUCCAGCUUUCAUACAUCAACACCAACCACGAGGACUUCAUUGGCUUUGCUAAUGCUCAGCAGAGGAGCAGUCAGACUAAUAAGAGCCAGAGUUCAGCAGGAAAUCAGGUCAUCCGCAAAGGCUGGCUAACCAUCAACAACAUCAGCAUCAUGAAGGGUGGAGCCAAAGAGUACUGGUUUGUGCUGACUGCUGAGAGCCUGUCCUGGUUCAAGGAUGAUGAGGAGAAGGAGAAGAAAUACAUGCUCCCCCUGGACAACCUGAAGGUCCGCGAUGUUGAGAAGAGCUUCAUGUCCAGCAAGCACAUAUUCUGCAUUUUCAAUACAGAGUCGAGGAAUGUGUAUAAGGACAAUCGUACCCUUGAGUUGGCCUGUGAUUCUCAGGAUGAUGUGGACAGCUGGAAGUCCUCUCUUCUACGUGCUGGGGUCUACCCUGAAAAGACCACCACGGUUGAGAGUGAGACCACCACCACCUCAGAUAACUUCUCCAUGGACCCUCAGCUGGAGCGUAAAGUGGAAACCAUCCGUAACCUUGUGGACUCCUACAUGGCUAUUGUCAACAAGUGCAUCCGGGACCUGAUGCCUAAGACUAUAAUGCAUCUCAUGAUCAACAAUGUGAAGGACUUCAUCAAUGCGGAGCUGCUGGCCCAGCUGUACUCUGCAGGCGACCAGAAUGCCCUGAUGGACGAGUCCCAGGAGCAGGCCCAGAGGAGGGACGAGGUACUGAGGACCCACCAGGCCCUGAAGGAAGCCCUGGCUAUCAUCGGUGAUAUCUCCACCUCCACUGUCACUGUCCCCCUGCCCCCGCCGGUCGACAACUCAUGGGUGGGAGGAAGCAGUGGUGGCCGCAGGUCUCCACCACCAAGUCCCACUGCUCCCAGGAGGAUGUCCUCAGGGCAGCGCCCGGCUCCCCGGGGGGCUCCACCACCACCAAACCGCCCAGGACCCCUGGGGCCCUUUAAUAACAGCGCUGACAGCCCCCAGGCUCCCAGCCGCCCGAACAGGGCUCCCCCUAGCAUCCCCAGUCGGCGGCCCCCACCAUCUCCUACAAGACAAGCUCCACCAUAAACAUCCAAAGGGGUUUAGUCAUCCCCUUAUCUCCCUCCCUCAUCCACUCCGCCCCUCUUCUCUUAGCCAUGGCUCUGCAGUCCGUGUCUCUCCUUAGUGCAGACACUGAAGUCUUUACCCCUUGACCCUCAAAUUUCCUGCCAGGUGACGAUGUCCAUAUAUCUAUGUACAGUAUGGUACUUGUCUUGUGGUGUAUAUGUAUGUGCGCUUGUUGCUCGCCUGUGGUCCAGGUUUGCUUAGCAGAUCCACUACCCUGUAUCAGUCCCUGGAACCUCUUUCACCCCCUGAACCCCCCCCCGCCAACUCAGCCACCACCCCACUUGCUGCUUCGACAUAAAAAUACGCUCAGCAGUCGCACUGCCCUACUCAUUCCAAAAUGCAGCAUGGCACAUAAGCUGCUUUUAUUGCAUGGAAGUGUGUGUAUGUAGAGUGUGUGCGUGUGUUUUGUGCGUAUGUAUACAGGGGAGGGACUAAUUUGCCUAUAUGUAGGCUGAGGUUGAUUUAGUAUUGUAUUAAUUUAUUGUAUAAGCCCCCCACCCCUAAGUGUUAAUUAUCAGCUUAAUGUUCUCUUAGGAACACAAGUUGUAUCUUAGGUAUGUGUGUGUAUACAUGUGUUGGUGUGCGAGUACUACUGUGUAUGUAUGUGUGCGUAUGAAUGUGUUAAGACUCGGGUGCAUGUGCUGUCUGUCUGCACGUUUGUUGGCGUUUCAGUUGUAUUUGUUUUCAUGGUCAAAGCUGUUAAUGAUGAAUCAUAAACCCUCGGGGGUAAAUUAUAUGUUGGACUUUUGUGAGUUGUUCCUGUGUUGUAGUAGCAGCCAUACACACAUAGCAAGGCUGAGGAGCACCUUCAGUAUUCUCUAUAUGGAAACAGCCUCAAUACUGCAUUUAACCUUGUCAUAGGUGUCCACCUGUGCUGUAUCAAUGGUCAAGUUGUGACCCUUGCUGCUUUAAGCUUUGACUCAGAUGCUGACUGCCGAGACGAACGGAAUCAGAACUUGUCACUUGAAAAAAAAAAAAAAAAAAAAAAAAGAAGUUGCUGCUAAACACGGCAGAACACAAGUUCUACCUUAAAUGAAGAAGGAACAUGCAUUUACAUGUUUCCAUUAAGCCUUUUUCUCAGGUUUGAAACAUGCAAUUCCAUGCACACCAUUAACAAACACUCUUAUUUUCUCAACUCUUAUAGUCUCUUUUCUUUCCUUUACUCUCACAACCAUCGAAGCCAAUGAGUCAGCCAGCAUCUGUAUCAGAGCUUAAGGUGGUAUUGUUAAUGUUCAAGUGCUUCUCUGUCUGUUUGUUAUCGUGUAUAUGGGCCUAAACUGUGUUCUGAUGUAUAUAGGUAAUGAUAAAGAGACGUGUGGACUAUAAAGACCUCAUCAAGGAUCCUAGCGCUUUAAUCGUUCUGUAUGUCUCUAUUCACUAAAUGCUCUCUUCUAUCUAAUUUAGACUGCCUUAAUGGCAUGAAUUACAAUUCUGUAUUGCCAAAGCAAAAUGUAGUCAGAGAAUUGAAAAGUUAUUAAAAAAAAAAAUCAACUGAAGACCAACAGUGACGUGGUUCCAGUUGUAGUGAGAUGGCAUUGUUUAGCAGAGGGCAUAAUGUUAAACUGGGGAAUUGCAUCAGUUGUUAUUUUCUGUGUCUCUGUAUCGCUCCUCAAUAAACUUCCUCAUAAUAA